CUCUUUUUUUCUCUUUGUUUUUCUACGAAGCCAGCAACUGAGAUGGAAAGCCUUUACAACUCUCAAGAAAAGUCCACAGAAAUCCUCUACACCAAACCAGGAAAUUAUCAUGGCAGAAAACCAACAGGACACGCCAAGGCUGUGGCACCAUCGCCUAACACUGUGAAUCACAAAGCUUGUCUGCUCAAGCUGUUGCUGGUGUUCCUGUGUUCUUUGGUUGUGUCCAUUUUCAUCAUUUUGUCAGUAUUCUACCUUGGUGGCAUGAAAGAAAAAGAGAGGAAUGACACACCUUCUGAUAAUGUCACUGCCAUCAUUCAAGAGUAUACUCAACUAACAACAUCAUUUAGCGGUCUGAACAGUGAUUGCAGUGUCUUAUUCAAGGAUGGGCUCAGACUAAAAAAGAGCAUUGAAAAAAUAUCGGACCUUUAUUCAGAUCUGACUUGGAAAUAUUAUUCACUCUAUUCAGCUAGAGACAAACACUGUCCUAUUUUUAAUCCAUCUACUCAGGAAAGGACCUGUUAUGUUUGUCCAGAAAAAUGGCAUCUAUUCAACGAUAGGUGCUACUUAUUCACAAGCAGAAUUCGUGAUUGGUACUCCAGUCGAGAUUACUGCGUAUCAAUAGGAAGUCAGCUGGUGAUUAUAGAGAGUGAAGAGGAGCAGAAAUUCUUGGAAGAGAAAGUGACAACAUUAGGACAUCAUGUGGCCUAUUGGAUUGGCCUAAAUGAUCAAGUAACAGAGGGUGAAUUUCGUUGGGUGGACAACACAUUACUGGAAACAAAAAUAAGCUUUUGGGUUCAGCAGCCAAGCCAUUACAAAGGACAGAGCUGUGUGUAUCUAGGGUCUGACUUACGUUCACAUGGCUGGUUUCAUUCUGAUUGUGGUGAAGUGAAAAGAUGGAUCUGUGAAGGUCCAUGUACAAAAUUUAUUAUCUAGCUUGGUUAUUGUGAUCAAGUAUGCAUGGAGACAGACAUUCAUGUACAACACACAUUCAGCAGGUUUAAUAAUUUGCCUUUAGUACCUGACAUUAAAGCAGUAAAACAGGAUUGGGUUGAUAAAGGGUGUUAACUAUUUCUCAGAUCUGAAUAGUCUUACACUAAAAUAAAAACUCAAAAAAAAUGUGCAUGACUUUUCACCCUUACAAUCUAAUUAGUAUAACUUAAAAACACUGAAGGCAGUUUAACCUCCAUUACACACGCAAUAAAAGUCCAAGUCUCGGAGUCUAAGACAUUUAUUGGCUAAGCUCGGCUCUGUAUUGAAUGCAGGCAUUAUCAGACUGGUGGAGACGGUAGGUUUAAAUAAAAUCCUGCUUAUCUUUUUAUGGAAGCUAAAGAUAUACAAUCCUUCCCAUUUGAGUGAGUACCAAGAUCUGAUGGUCUUUUGGUGUUAUCAUUUAAUUAAGUGUUUAUUGUGUUUGCUUGUACAACUUUGCUAUAGAUGAGUUGGACUCCUUUUUAGAUGUGAUGUCAAAUGAGAGUGAAAUUUGGUUGCUUGGCGAAAUUUUGAUUGAUUACUUCAGGCUUUAUGAAAGUCAGUUUGAUUUUUGAUUUCUAUAUUGUUUUUUGAUCACACAUUUUCCGAGGCACAAAUUAAUGAAUAGUUUAUAUAUCAUGAGUUUUGAAUCAAGGCAAAUGACAGAACUCGAUGUACAAUCUACGUAAGUGCCAAGACAACAAAUAAUCUGUAUAAAUAAUACGAACUGGCAUCUAUUUAUAUGUUUUAUUGUUUACAAUACUAUUGCCGUGAAUCCAUUUAUUAUGCAAAUUUUCUGUAUCCAUUUUUUGACGAUGGAUAUCCACACAAACCCACUAGGUGGUGCUAUCUGCCCUUUAAAAUUAAGCUUUAUGAUCUUUACCUCUCUGUGGUUUAUUGAUAAAAACCAGGGAAGCCACCACAGCAGCACUGAACCACAAUACACUCAUGUAGUAUUUCCUCUUAAUUUCUUCUAAGAUGAGUUUUUGGUUAUGUCUGUGCUUUGCC